ACAACAAAAAGAAGAAAGAGAGCAACUGCUCCAGGUCCUCACAAAGGAGAAAAACAAGGUUAAACAGAUGGACGAAGAAAAGAUGGCCAUUAUAAAAGAAAAAGAACAGGCGCAACAAAAAUAUAUGGAAGCACAAAUGAGAAUCAAUGAGCUCUCAGAAAGAAAUAGCAAAGCACAAUCAGAGUUGACAUGUCUAAAAGAAAAAUUUUCAAGCUCUGUAAGUGAGGAAAAGAAAAGAAUUCAAGAAGAAAGAAAAGUAGUAAAGGAGAGUUUGAAAAUGGAGAUGAAUCUCAUGCAAGCAAGAUACGAAGCAAGUUACACAGAAACUAGAAGAACUUCAGAAACAAAUGACAAAAUCAGAAAAAAAUUGAGAGACAAUCAUACACAGCAGAUUCAAGAGGUAAAUAACAAACACAAGGAAGAGAUGAGACAACAACUAGAAACAUUUCAUGAGGAAAUAAAAAAAAAAGAUAUCAAACUAAAAACAGCUGCAACGGAAUAUGAAGAGAGGCUGACAGAUGCUCAAGAUAAGAUAGCAGCACUUUCCAACCAAAGACAGCAACUGGAAAACGAAAGGCACAAUCUUACCAUUCGUAUGCAUCAAAUGAUGCAAACUCAUUUUGAUGAAGCUCUUCGUCUCUUGACAGCAAACAAGUCUCCAGCAAAGGCAGAUAUUAAGGUUGAGUCCAUGCUCAAGACAAAUAUCCAAGGAGGAACUUCAAAAUGGCAACACCAAGCAGUCUCCCUCCUCAGUCUUCACUAACCCAAUAAACAAGUACCCAGUAACAGACACCAGCAGCUCUAUUCAGCCCAUCACAGACUAUAGCUCUAGGCACAAGGAUCCCAAGAUGAAC